AUGGCCGCACCUGCGGGCAUUUGCGAGCUGCUGAGUGCCUUCGUUGGUUCCGACAACGCUGCGCGCCAAGCGGCGGAGCAGAAGCUCGCAGAAGCGACGAAAGGCGCGCCCAACCAGCUGGUGCGAGAGCUCUUGGCGGUCCUGGCGGCCGACGAGGCAGCAACUGAGCUGCGGCAAGAGGCGGUGGUGGUGCUCAGGCAGUGCGUCAUCGGGUCCAAGGCCUGCUGGAAGGAGCUGGAGCCGGACACCCGACAGGCAUUCAAGGACCAGGUCUUGCUGUCCUUGACCAAGGACCCCAGCCUGCCGGUGCGCCGGAACGCUGGCUCCGUGGUGUCCAGCAUCGCCCACUCGGUGGCCGAGGACUUCCAAGAGCUCAUCAAGGAGUGGCCGCAGCUGCUGCCGUUCCUGUCGACCACCGUUAGCAAUGGCCAGCCGCCGCAGGUCACGGCCUGCAUUAAGGUGCUUUGUGACAUGGUGGAGCUCGUGGGCGAGGAGCUCCUAUCCCAGGGACCCAACACGGUCACCAUGCUGCAGACCUGUCUUUCGAGCGCUCCCGGCGAGGUGAGGGCCGCCGCGGCGCAGCUGGUCUUUCAGAUGGUCGAGGACUUAGAGCCAGAGGCCGCCGCUCCCUUGGGCGCCUUGAUGCCGCAGAUCAUCUUGGCGAUCAAGGCCUUUGCCGUGGCCUCAGAACACGAGGACAUCCUCAAGGAGACCUUAGAGUCCCUCAUCUCCGCUGCGGAUGAGGAGCCCGAGUUCUUCAAGGAAAAUGGGCUGCAGGACCUUUGGCCGCUGCUGCUGGAGAUGUGCAAAGCGGACCACUGGGCCGAUCCCAACGUGAGACACAGUGCCAUGGAGGCAGUGAUGUCUUUCUUCGAGGGUUUCUGCGAGGACUUCUGUAAGACAGAGGGCCUCGGCUUUACGGAGCAGCUGCUGCUGCUGAACAUCCAGUGGAUGCUGGAGGUCGACGCAGACGUUGGGAAUUGGACCUCCAAGGCUGACGAGGACGAGGAUGAUGACGAUGACAUCGUUGACAUCGGCGAGGAGAACCUGGACCGCAUGGCGCAGCAUUGCGCGGAGAAGGACAGGCUGGAGGAUGCGUUCAUGCCGACCUUGUUCAAAGUCAUGCGGGCGCUGCUGGCGAGCUCCAACGACUGGAAGCACGCCCGCGCCUGCGCCAUCGCGGUGGCGCAGGUGGUGGAAUAUAUCGAGGAAGAGGCCUGGGUCGACCAGUGCUUGGACUUCCUCACGCCCCACGUGGGCGCUGUGCACCCCCGGGUGCGGCACGCCGCCUUUCAGGCGAUCGGCCAAUGCGCCUACGACCAUGACCCCUACGUAGCAGAGAAUCACGCCUCCACGUUGCUUCCCUUGAUCAUGAAUGGCCUGGACGAUCCGAAUAUCCGAGUGGCCUGCAAUGCUGCGUCCGCUCUAUCCAGUAUGGAGGACAUGGACCCGGAUGAUUUAGAGCCCCACAUGGAGGGGCUGAUGACCAAGCUGGUCACCAAGCUCCAGAGCGACACCCGGUCCAUGCAGGAGGCGUGCCUCGCUGCCAUUGCAGUGGUGGGCGAGGCGGCCGCGGAGCUCUUUCAGCCCUACUAUGGCCACGUCAUGCCGCUGCUGAAGUCCCUGAUCGCCAACUCCAACGCAGAGACGCAGCGCACGCUGCGCGGCAAGGCCUUCGAGUGUGCGAGCUUACUGGGAGAAGGAGUUGGCAAGGACACCUUCCUGGCAGACGGCCACGAGAUCAUGCAGAUCAUGGUGCGCUACUUCCAGGCGGGUUUUGCGCCAGACGACCAGACCCGGGAGUACAUCCACGAGGCGGCCGGGCGGGUGGCCUCAGUGCUGGGGAAGGACUUCAAGCCCUACAUGCCAGCCUUGCUGCCCAGCCUCUUCAGCGUGCUGGAUAAGACCCCCACGGAGGUCGACCUCGAGGACGACGAGGAGGUGACCCACACUCUGGUGGAUGGCAAGCUGCUAGGCCUGAAGACGGCGACGCUGGACGAGAUGAGCGAGACCCUGACGCUCAUCGGCUCGUUGGUGGAGGCUUUGGAGGACGACUACGUGGAAUUCCUCCCGCAGACCUGCCAAAAGCUGCUGCCCCUCCUUGACUUCGCCAUCUCUGAGGAUGUGCAGGACAAGGCUUGCGAAACCUACGAGCAUGUUGUGCAAUGUGCCCGCGCCGCCGUGGACAAGGGCCGUGUGGAGCCCGCGCUCGUGGGCCGAGUGACCGGGGAGUUGCUGAAGAAGACGGUGUCGAUGAUGACCAAGUUCCCCGCGGAGGAUCAGAGCCCGGGAGCCCUUCAGCAGCUGCAGGCGCAGGCCACUGCCACCUCGGCCGUGAUCCGCAAGGCUGGGCCGAAGGUGAUGGCCAAGCAGGAUGUCGCGGACCUCGUGAAGGUGCUAGUGGAUCUGCUGAUGCGGGUGAAGGUCGACCAGGAAAGCCUCCAGCCUGAACUGGCGCCCAAGAAGAAGACCCAGACCAAGAAUAAGGGCAGCGAUAGCGACGACGACGACAGCGAGUCGGAUGAUGGCAGCGCCUCGCCGCAGACCGCUCGCUUCGCGCUGAUGGAGGUGGCGGCCACCCUUAUGGAGGUCAGCCGCGAGGAGUUCGCUGAGGCCGAAGCAACGCCGAAGAACGGCGCGGUUACAUAA